AUGAAAAGUAUCUUAGAGCGAAUAAGAUUGUUCUUUUUUUACCACCUGAACAAUCUCUAUUUUUUCUGUAAGUUUUAUUUAAACAUUAGCCCCAAUGAUAGUAGUGACAGAGAGUAUAGCUUUUUAUUUGAUAAGAAGGAGAUAUGUAUGUUUGAGACUCAGAAUGCUUUAAUUAGUGAUUUGUUUAAGAUGAUAUAUUGCCCAUUAGAUAUAUUGAAAUGUUUGAAAAGAUAUGAAAUUGAAAAAAUUAUGAAAUGGUUUAAUUUUGUUGAUGUUGGUUUGAUUGAAUCACAUAUUAUGUUUAAUAUGUGUAUUGCUCAAAUGAUUAUCUGUUAUUAUGCGAAUAAAGAAAGUACCUAUAAUUAUUUUAUUGAAGAGAAAUGGGUAGUAAAAAAUUAUUUAUUUAUAUUAAAUUAUAUAUUGACCGUAUUAAACUUUUUAAACGAACUAAAAAAGACCUAUAUUGAUAUAAUAAAAAAUGGUAUUCAAAAGAACAGAAGAUAUCAAUAUGUAUAUACAAAUAGACAUGUUAUUAUUGAAAAAAUGAAAAAGUAUAUUAAUAGGUCUAUACCAAAUUUUGGUUUAUUAAAUUCGUUGCUACCACAUUUAAAUUAUAUAUAUAUACAAAACUGUAUUCAGAAUAGUAUUACUUGGAAUACAUAUUUUUCACGUUCUGUAGUGUCAUUAAAUUAUUCGCAUAUUCUAAAUGAUGAUUUUCUCUUCAAUGCAUACAGAAGAAUAUCCUUACAAUAUCAAAGAAAUCAUCAUUCAAGAUACCGACAUGAUAUAUAUAAUUAUUUUAGAAUAUAUAAUGCAAGUAGAUACAGUAAAACAAAAUGUUCCAAUGAAGUCAGUUACAGUUCUGACAUAACUGAAAUGGAAUGUUCAUUUGACUACAAAAAUAUAUAUCCUCUUAGAAGAAUAAUUUGUCGUUCUUUUGGAUGUCCAUAUAAUAAACCAUUUACUACUUUCAUCGAAAGACGAAAACAAAUUAUUUCUCAAAGGAUUGCAGAAAUAAAAAGAAACAACAAUCCAUCUAUUCAUACUACUUGUGAAUUAUUUGAUUCUAGAAAAUCAUCACAAGAGUUUGAAUAUAAGGAUUGCUAUUUUGAAGAUAUACCAAUAUGUGAUAAUAAAACGUUUGAUAAUCCAUCUUCUGAUGAUUAUUUUACAGAUUGUCAUGAUAAUAUGUUCAGCACUGAAGAUAUAUGGAAAUAUAUCAAACUCACUGCUGAUGAUAAUCUUCAAAAUAAAAAACAUAAAUAUUUUAUGUCCAAAAAAAAUAGAAAAAUAUUAAAAAAAAAAAUUUCUUAUUAUUUAUAUAAAUUUUAUAAUAAAUUUCAAAAAAAAACUAAAAAUUUAUUUGUUAUAUUUAAACAGAAAUUUAAAAAUUUUAAUGCAUUAAUUUCUUCAAAAAAAGAAACAAAAUAUAUGUGUCUUAAAAAAAUCCAAAAAUACCAAAAAAAACAAAAAAAUAUUAAAAAUAAAAAUAACCACAAAAAUAAAAAAAUACCUAAAUUAUAUCUUAAUAUUUAUCAUAAAAAAAAAUGUAUAAAACCAAAAAUACAAAAAAAAAAAAUUAAUAUAAAUAAAAAAAAACUUCGAAGUAACCGAAAGGCACAUCGACAUGAAAUUGUUGAUGUUAAUCCAGAAUUCGCUCCAUUACUUCCAUUAUGUUCCGAAACUUAUGACAUAAUAUUUAAAUAUUUAUGUGUUCAUUCGGAGCAUUAUAAUUAUCCUAGAGGUCUAUGCAUCAUCAAAAAUCCAGAUUGUGUUCAAGACAACAACAUGUAUUAUCACAUGUUGAUGGAUAUAAAUGAUGAAUUUGUUAAAGAACAAGAGAAGGAGCAAGAAGAAGAAGACAAAAUUGGAGGUGUGAAGAAUGACGUAGACGAAAAGGAUGAAAAGGAUGAAAAGGAUGAGGAUGAAGAUGAUGACGAAAAAGAUGAGGAUGAAGAUGAUGACGAAAAAGAUGAGGAUGAAGAUGAUGACGAAAAUGAUGAGGAUAAUGAUAAAAAUGGAGAUAAUGACAAAAAAGAUAAGAAUGAUAAGAAGGACAGAAAUAAUGGAAAUAAUGACAGCCGUAAUUCUUAUAAUGGUAACAAGAGAAAAAAUGAAACAUAUGAAAGAAAUAAUACUUCUUAUUUUGAAGAGAAACCUGGAAAUGUAUAUGAUACAUAUUAUUCUUCUUAUAAUAAAAACAAAGGGCCUAAAUUGGCAUAUAUGCUUUAUAUGAUUGCUAUGUAUGUUCUAUUUCAAAUGAAUAUAAUUUGCAACAUUUAUAAGAAAAAAUUAAUGGAUAUGUAUGAGAAAUAUAUUAUUAAAACACAAUUAAAUAAUUAUAACAAACAUAAUCACUAUUAUUAUUUCCCAUAUAAUUAUAACUAUAUAUAUUAUUCUUCCUUAUAUAAAUUCUCUAGAAAAUAUUAUGAAUUAUAUGAACAAAUAUUUCCAACUUUUCUCACAUUACCAUAUGAAUAUAAAUAUUAUUAUGAACAGAUUAAUAAUAAAAGAAAAGAUAUAUUAAGCUUACAAAAUAAUAAAUAUCAAUUCACAUACUAUUUUGAAUAUAUGGUAACUUCUAUUAACGAAUGUAGUGGUAUCAUAGGUAGAUAUGUAUAUCUUCAAUACGUUUUGUUUUAUAACAACAAGAUAAUUGUGAAUACUAUAUUUAUAGUUCAACAUGUAGAAUAUAUGUAUAACGAAUUAAAGAAUAUAUUUAAAUUUAAUAUUUACAUAAAUGAUAAAGUAUACGAUAUGAAACAUGAAACAAAUAAAUGUGGAUUUUAUAUUUAUUUAUUUCACUAUGAACUUUUCUUCUUAGGUAGUGAAAUCAUAUACUCAAUCUAUUCAGCCCUAUAUGAAUAUUAUACAAAAUGUAUAUAUGAUAAUUCGGGUUUUGAUGAUAAUGAAAAUAAAGCUCUUAAUGAUAAAAAGAAUAAUAAUGGAGAUAAUGAUGGUAAUGAUAAUAAUGAUGAUAAUGAUGGUAAUGAUAAUAAUGAUGGUAAUGAUAAUAAUGAUAAUAAUGACGGUAAUGAUAAUAAUGAUAAUAAUGAUAAUAAUGAUGGUAGUGAUAGAGAUAAGAAGACUUCUAGUAACAAGAAUGAUAAUACUAAUGAAGUAAAGAACGAUAUACUCAGUAUAUUUCUUGAAUAUUUUGAAGAGGAACCAGAAGAGGAUGUCGAACUCUUUUUUUCUGUUAUGGGUAAUAUGGAUAAAUUAGAGAAAAAAGCUAAAAAGGAAAAUAAGGAACUCGAUAUUCUUGAAGAAUAUUUUAAUGCUUUACACAACAAGAAUCUUAAAACAGAUGAUGUAAAUAAUGUGAAGCACAAGACAUGUUUUGAUGAAUAUGAUAAAGAAAUUAUGCUAUUAUAUAAAUCUUUUAUAAUAUAUUUAUUAUUAUCCAAGGAAUUCAACACAUCUCAUAACACAGAUAAUUCUUCUAUUAUAACACCAAGUAGAGCACAAAAUAAUACGAAUGACAAAAUAGAUGAUGAAUUAUAUUUUGAAUAUAUGCUAGGAUGUAAUAAUGUUUAUCCUAAUCAAAAAAGAGAAUUGGGUAAUUUACAUCGUAUGUAUCGCAAGGUUUUAAGGGGUGGUUCUUCUUUAAGUUCUUCUUAUAAUGAUAUUGGCGAAGGUAACUCGGAAAUGUCUUUAAUAUCUAUGCAACAUCAAAGAGAUACAACACAAUAUACUAGGGCAUCUAAUGAAGAAAAUAAUAAUGAAGAGAGUAAUUCUCAAAGCCAUCAAACACAGAAUAAUAGAAAUAAUACAAAUUUAACAAAUAAUAGAAAUAAUACAAAUAAUAGAAAUUAUGAACGUUAUAGAUAUAAUAUAAAUAAUGGAUAUAACAGAAAUUAUGCAUAUAAUAGAAAUUAUGGAUAUAAUAGAAAUUAUGCAUAUAAUAGAAAUAAUGUAUAUAAUAGAAAUAAUGGAAAUAUUAGGAACAAUAGAAACAAUAGAAAUAAUAGAAACAAUAGAAAUAAUAGAAACAAUAGAAAUAAUAGAAACAAUAGAAACAAUAGAAACAAUAGAAACAAUAGAAACAAUAGAAAUAAUAGAAACAAUAGAAACAAUAGAAACAACAGAAAUAAUAGAAAUAAUAGAAAUAAUAGAAAUAAUAGAAAUAAUGAACAUAGAUUAGUAGAGAAUAUAAGAAAUAAUCGGGUUAUUAUUAUAAAAAUGGUUCUUAGAAUAAUAAAUGUUUGGGGAAAUCAUGAAAUAACGUAUGUUGAUUUGGUAAGAUUUAAUAUGCGAUAUAUGAGAUCUCAUAUGUACGUAAAUGACUUAAGUCAAAGAAAUUCUACAAAUGAGAAUUCAAAUAUAAAUAGACUCUUUUCUGUUAUAUAUAAUGAUGCAAAUAGAUAUACCAACGAAGAUGGUGGAAGGGGAUAUAACUACCGACAAAAUAGCUUUCUAAACCUAUCAAGAAGUAAUGAAAUAAAUAAUGAAAAUAAUAACUCUAUAAACAGAAACGAUCAGGAAUAUGAUGAAAUAAAUCAAUCUGUUGCUCAUCAAGAAAGGAAUAACACUUACCGUUACAGAUUUCAUCUUACAGAUGAAAGAACAGAAGCAAAUACUCACCGAAAUAAUGAAACAUAUAAUUAUAUUUACGAUUCAUCAACUUGUCCAGUUCUCUAUAUAUUUCAUAAUGAUAAUGAUUUCCGCUCGGAAAAUUUUAGAUCUUAUUCAGAGGCACCAACAAGGCAAUCUACUUUUAGUUUAGAAAAUAAUCAUUAUUUUACUAAUAUUAGAGGUAUACAAUCAAAUAAUGUUAUCUUAGGUAAUACGAAUUUAUUAAACGAAUCUUAUUUUAAUAAUAUUAGAAUUAUACAAGCAAAUAAUGUUAACUUAGGCAAUACGAAUUCAGAAAACGAAUCUCAUUUUACUAAUAUUAGAAAUAUACAAUCAAAUAAUGUUAACUUAGGAAAUAUUAAUUCAGAAAACGAAUCUUAUUUUGAAGAAUUUAGAAGGGGUUAUGAGGCAAUAUAUGGACGUCAUGAGAAUGCAUUAUAUUUACAUCAUGAUUAUCAACAUACAAUAUUGUUGUUACCAGAAAUGCAAAAUUUCGAAAUACCUUUUGAAAUACAUCGCGAAGAAAGUUCAUCAAAUGAAACGCAAAAUUUCGAAACUCCUUCUGAAAUACAUCGCGAACAAAGUUCACAAAAUGAAACGCAAAAUUUCGAAAUGCCUUUUGAAAUAUAUAGUGAAGUAAGUUCACAAAAUGAAACACAAAUAGAUAAUAGGGAAGAUGAAGGGUUGAGUCAUGAUAGUAUUCCUGAUGUUCCAAGAAAUGCUAAUAUUGAAUCUAAUGAAAAUAUUAAAAGAGAGGUAGAACAGGAUGUAGAACAAAUAGAACAACAAAUAGAACAACAAAUAGAACAACAAAAAGAACAACAAAUAGAACAACAAAUAGAACAACAAAAAGAACAACAAAUAGAACAACAAAUAGAACAACAAAUAGAACAACAAAAAGAACAACAAAAAGAACAACAAAUAGAAGAACAAAUAGAAGAACAAAUAGAAGAACAAAUAGAACAACAAAUAGUACAACAAAACGUUGAACGUUAUAAUUCAGAAUAUAUUACACAACACAACCAUUCAGAUAGUAUAGAUCCCAAUCCACAACUUAUUAGAGAUCAUGAUACACAUUCUAGUGGAGAGAAUAAUUUACAAUUUAACUUUUUACCUAAUAGACCAUAUAAUGUAGAUAAUGAACGUGAUUAUAAUCUGAGUAUAUUUAGGGAACUAUAUGAUCAAAAUGUACUGAAUCUACCAUAUCUAGAUAUUUCACAAAAUAUACUUAAUAUACCAUAUCUAGAUGUUUCACAAAAUGUAGAUAUUUCACAAAAUGAACCGAAUCAAAUAUAUCUAGAGAUUUCACAAAAUGAACAGAUUUUACAAUAUGAACCUGAUCUACCAUAUUUAGAGAUUUCACAAAUUGAACCAAAUCUACCAUAUCUAGAGAUUUCACAAAAUGAACAGAUUUCAGAAGAUAUAGAGAUUACACACAAUGAAGUAGUUAUGCAAGAUAAUGAAGCUUUACUUUAUUCACUUAUUAGCGAAGGAUAUAGUCUUGAAGGACCUAAUACUGAGGAAUAUUAUAACGAAUUGUAUGAUGUAGAUCAUUAUUCCGUAGACUACAAUGGACAAGAGUAUCAACUAGGUUUUUUUGAAGAUUUUAAUACUACUAUUUAUUCAUCAGAUAAUUCCUUUACAUCAAUUUCUGAAGAUUCAUAUAUUCAUCAAAAUCAUGACGAUGGAAGAACUAGAACUUAUUUAGAUACGUCACAGAUUGAAUUACUUGAAGAAUUGUUAUUAUUAUUAGAAGGAUUAUAUCAAAGAAGAGUAAAUCAUGAACUCAUAAGAUAUAUUACUAGGGAAUAUCUUGAUUAUUUUAUUGGACGUUCUAAUUACUUUAACCGAAAUAUUCAAAAUAUUGCAAGGAAUGAUGAAAUAAAUAAUGUUGGUUUGAGAAAUAUAUUUAGUGAUCAAACUGCUAUGGAACAGACUGUUAGAAGGGAUCGUUUCAAUUAUGUUCCUGUAGAGGAUUUACAUAGGCCAAAUCUCAACACUCUUGUUCAACGAUAUUAUAGAAUAGCCCUUGAUCCCAGUCAUAACAUAAAUAAUAAUAGGGAGAAUUACAACAUGGAAAGUAAUCAUGACCAGAAUAAUAGAAGACAGAAUAAUCAUAGAGGACAGAAUAAUCAUAGAGGACAGAAUAAUAAUCGAAGAUAG